AGUUGUUAUGUCGUCUGUCUGAACGUUGCGCAGUAGUGUCAUAACAUUCUAAAAUAGGAACCGAACAAUUCGCGGAGCAUGGAUUUUUUUCUUUCUUUUUUGUGUGAACUGAACAACCAUGCUGUGAUAUUAUAACUCUUGAAAUUCGUUUUUUUCUGAAACCUAGUAUUUUUCAAGCAUAGUCUGUGGAUUUCGGUCGAGUCUGUUUGUUGGCUUGUUUGUUUGUUCCCCCCUUGAAAGACGUAGGCUAAACGUGUGUAGCCUGUGCCAACUGCGUUUUAAUUGAAUCGUUGCAUUUCUUCUUCAGAGCCAUGACUUACAAAGAAAAGGAUGUUGAAAAACAUGGAAGGCAAUGAAACGUUUUAAGACAAAAAGCAAAGGUCAAAAUGUUUGAAUUCUGAAAAGGCGCUGUCGAGCACUGGAGGUGCUGAAAUCUCUUGGUGCUCCUUUCCGCGUGAUUGGUAAACUUGACAGUGAUUGACGGGCAUCCAUGGCAACCACGCAACCAAUCUGCCAAGUCCAAUAGAAAAUCAGCAGAGGGGCUGACUGUCUUUUUCCCCUUCAAAAUACAUCUCGGGUCCAGUUUUUAUACUCUUGCACGUUCAACCUACCAAGUUCACCAGCCGAGGCUGCAGUAGCCAGCCAGAGGGCAGCGUUCCUCAGUGGUUUUAACGGUUGAUCUGUUAACUUUGGGAUUGCCUUUUUGUCUGGAUUCGAUACACAGAGAGCGAGACGGAGAGACGGGUAAGCAAGAGGAGAGAGAGAGAGAGAGCGACGGAGGAGAAAAGAGAAGCCUCCAUGUUUCAGCUGCCUAUCUUGAAUUUUAGCCCUCAGCAGGUUGCGGGGGUUUGCGAGACUCUGGAAGAGAGCGGGGACAUCGAGCGCCUCGGUCGCUUCCUCUGGUCUCUGCCCGUCGCCCCCGCAGCCUGCGAGGUCCUCAACAAGAAUGAGUCGGUGCUUAGGGCGCGGGCCAUCGUGGCCUUUCAUACCGGGAAUUUUAGAGAACUCUACCAUAUCUUGGAGAACCACAAGUUCACCAAAGAGUCACAUACAAAACUGCAGGCCUUGUGGCUGGAGGCUCACUACCAGGAGGCGGAGAAGCUGCGGGGACGCCCGCUAGGGCCAGUGGACAAAUACAGGGUGCGGAAGAAGUUCCCAUUACCCAGAACAAUAUGGGAUGGAGAGCAAAAAACCCAUUGCUUCAAGGAGAGAACCCGGCAUCUGUUAAGGGAAUGGUACUUGCAAGACCCUUACCCGAACCCUAGCAAAAAAAGAGAGCUUGCACAGGCCACUGGACUUACCCCCACACAAGUAGGAAACUGGUUCAAAAAUCGUAGACAAAGGGAUAGAGCAGCGGCGGCGAAAAAUAGGUUACAACAGCAAGGUAUGUCCCAGGGCUCGGUUCGGUCUUUAGCGGAUGAAGAUGGAACCGCUGAUCGACUUGGUACAGCCUCUAGUCCCGAGGCAAGUUUGUCAAGCAAAGCCGCCACCUCGGCUAUUUCUAUCACUUCCAGCGACAGCGAAUGUGACAUCUGAUGGCAUGAGAGGAAGUCCAGAGGAAGAUAAUACAUGAACAGGAGAUAAAUGAAGGAGAACCUGAAAGACAAUCUGAUACAAACAGUCACAGUGCCUGCGUUUGAAUUUUAAAGAAACUGUUCUUCUUUGAUGGCUGCCAAAACACCAGUGCUCUGACAGAAAGCCCUGUCUUAAAGCUAUAUUUUCAUUUUGUUUUCAUUUUGCCACAAUGGAUGACGACUGAAACCUAAUACAAGAGGGAAUAAAAAAGAUCAUAUUCAUAUUCACGAUCCCUCUAAAGGGAGGACUAAUAAACCAAUGCCUCAAGAUGAAACUAAAAAGAGGACGAGACAUUAGCGCCUGACCUGCUGUUUUCUGUGGGUAUUUCAUGUUGAAAAGACGCUGUAAUAUUUUUACUUUCAAAGUUUUAUAAAUAAUGUUUAUUUACCUAUUUAAACGAUUGGCUCUGUCUGUUAGAAUUUGAUAUUAAUUUGCAUGGUGUUUUUAAUAUUUACCUUAUGCACAGGUGAACCAGUUGAGCAUGUGCGCUAUAGUGAACGUGUUUCAGUAUAAAAGAAAAAAGUAAAGAUAACUUAAUAAAAUAAUUGUGGAUCAAGAGA